AUGCUUGUAAAAAUUAAAAAUUAUAUCCCUUUAAAAUUAAUUAAAAUCGUAGUUUUUACAACAAUAUUUGAUUUUUCAACAGCUCAAAUACUUGAAUAUGACCCUAGAACGGUGGACACCUUUUACAAAAGAAUAGAUAGUACAUUAGGAAUCAUUAUGACAAAUUUUAUCCCAAUUUUAUUAUUUUAUACACUUUCUCCACCAGAUGUUGAUUCAAUGUCCAACAAAAUUGGCUUAAUAGAUGAUAUUCUUUACAUAAUCUUACCAAUGAGCUAUGAAGCAUAUCAAGGGAUUUCAACUUACUUUUGUGAAGACAUGGUCACCUUCUCAUUAUAUUCACUCGUGAUUCUCUUUAUGUAUUCUCUAUUUACUCUGUUACUUUACAUGCCCAAAUUAAAAGAUCUCUCAUGGGUCAAAAGAUUCAGGGAGGACAUAAUGGUUGAUUGGGCUAUUCCUUUAUAUUAUGUAAUUUUUUUCAUUGACAACACUUUAUACAUUUUUGGCCUAUUUCACUCAAAAAGACCUAACACAACCCAAGACGAAUCGAAAUUCAUGUUUUUAUACACAUUCAUACUCUUGUUUACUCCUAUGUUAUGGUACAGACUACAAAUAAAGCUCUAUUUCUUCAACAAAAGCAUUGGGUUUUUUUAUAUAUUUCUACUGGGGCUAUUUAUGUUUCUUAUCAGAGCAGCAAUAGUUGAGUCAUCACAUGACUUGGGUACAAAUCUUAUUACGAGUAUAGUCAUAGCACUUUUUAUCAGGAUGACUUUUUUAACAUACAGCAACAAAAAUAAAGAUGCAGAAGGUUCUACGAACGUUUAUGGACUACACAGACACUGGAUUGAAAAGAAAAAUCGGACACACAAAUGUUUAAAUCCAACACUCUCCUCUUCAUACCUCCCAGAAAAUGAAAGCGAUUAUAUAGAGAAAGGUGGCGAAGAAACUAAUAAAGAACUCAAUGAUAAUACAACAACAGAAAAGAAGGAAAACCACAAAUUACGAAUUUUUGAUUGGUGUUGUUUAGGUUUGAUGAUUGCAUACAUAGUAUUGAUACUUAUUCAUACUCUUUAUGAUUUUGGACUUAAUGGUUAUUACUUUGAUGUACAAUACUGGAUCACACCAAGAUGUACUUCUAUUAGAGAUAAAAAAUAG